AUGCUCUUUGGUGCAUGUAAACGGUUUCACUGUUCGUUUGCUGUUUAUUUUAUAUUUCCUUUUGCAAAAAUAAUUGUGGGUCGAGAAAUGGGUAGGUCGAAAGGAUUUGGCUUUGUCUCCUACACUUGUACCGAGGAUGCCUCCAGUGCAAUACAGGCCUUGGAUGGACGGGAACUCCAUGGUCGUCAAGUAAGAGUAAGCUAUGCAGCUGAAAGACCUCGCAACUUUGGAGGUGGAGGUUUCAAUAACGGUUAUGGCGGAGGCGGCGGCUAUGGAGAUGAUAGUGGGGGCUAAUCCAGAAACAAUGGUUUCUCUUCUGGAAAUUAUGAAGGUAAUAUUGGAUAUGGUAGCACUGGUG